AUGAUCGGAUCGGGGUCCGUAGGCACCACGUACCGAUGCGUGUCCCCAGAAGGCGACCCCGUGGCCAUCAAGGUCGUGACGCUGCGCACGGGCCGCUGGAAGGCGAUGGAGCUCUUCGAGCGCGAGGCGCGCGUCCUGCGCAACCUCUCGCACCCGAACAUACCGCAGUACCGCGACUCUUUCGAAGUAGAGUCGGCCGAUGAUGUUUCGUGCUACUUGGUUCAGGACCUCGUGCUCGGCAAGACGCUCACGGAGCUAGUGCAAGAGGGUUGGAGGCCGAGGCAGGAGGAGGUGGGGCGGAUCGCGCGGGAGCUGCUGGGUGUGCUCGCGUACCUGGGGUCGCUGCAGCCCCCCGUCGUGCACCGCGACAUCAAGCCCGACAACAUCGUGAUUCAGGGGGGGGUCGCGGGGGGAGUCCCGUUCCUCGUCGACUUCGGGGGCGUCCAGGACGCCCUGAAGACCGCCGGCGACCAGCUCGGGACGACGGUCGUCGGCACGUUCGGGUUCAUGGCGCCCGAGCAGUUCCGGGGGGAGUAUAAAACCACGUCCGACCUGUACGCGCUGGGCGCCACGCUGCUCUACCUCGCCUCGGGCGGGCGCUCCCCGGAGACGUUCCCGACGGAGCGCAUGCGCGUCAAGUUCGAGCAGGAGAUCGAGACGUCCCCCAGGCUCCAAACGCUCCUCGGCGGCCUCCUGGAGCCGCACGCGGAGGACCGCUUUACCGUUGCACAGGCCCUCGACGUCCUGGACGGCAGGGGGGCCGCGGGGCGGUCCGGGGCGGUGUUUGUGUCGCGGGAGCACGAGGCGGUGUUCCGCAUGUGGGGCAUCAACGCGGACGCGAUGCGCAUGAUGGAUGUGGAGACGGCGGUGCGGGCCAUGGAGGCGGUGCUGCCGCGCGAGGAGGCGGAGGAGGCGGGGCGGCUGCUGCGCGACGCGGACCUGCCGCCGGACCUGGUGUACGAGACCGUGCAGAUGGUGCUGCUCGCGCCGGAGCGGGGCCUGCUGAACGUCAGCGAACAGGUCCGACUGAAUCCGAAGAGGACUGUGCGGCCGAAGCGGGCGCGGAGCAAGGUGUCCGUGGAGGGCGGGCGCCUGAUCGUCGAGAUUCCGCCGCAGGGCUUCGUGGCUGCGAUCCCGGAGGGGGCGUUCGCGCUCGGGUGGAACGGGAUCAUCACGUACACCUUGUUCGAGGCCGUCGUGGCGGGCACGGGGGGGCUGUCUCUCCUGGGCACCGCGGGCUUCCUGGGGGUGUUCUACCUGGCGGGGGUGCCCGUCAUCAAGACGGCGGUCGAUCGGGCGUUCCUGUCCGAGAGGCUCGUGGUCGGGCGGCACCGCUGGCGCCUGAGUCAGGAGCUGCAGCUGGGGUCCUCGGACGGCGGGCGAAAGGCCCCGUCGCGGCGGCGCUUGUUCGGGGGCGACCGCGCGGACCUGUUGAGCGUGAAGCUGCGGAAAGGGCUGAAGAUGCAGGGCUCCCAGGAUCCCGACGGGAUGGACGAGCCCGUGGGCUGGCUGGAGCUCCGGGACCGCGGUCCGCUGGCGACGGUCACGGUGGGCGGCGGGCCGAACAACGCUGCGCUGCGGUUGGCGAUGGAGGAGCUGCGGUGGCUCGAGUACGAGAUCAACAAGUUCCUGCAGCGUGAUCCCGAGGAGCUGGACUAUUUAUACCCCGACGACGACGACCUCGAGGUGCCUGGCGGCGAGUUGGACACCACCCUGACUGGCAAAAUCACCAAGCUGCUUCUGGGGAGCCGCGACGACGCGUGA